AAAGACAGGCUCAGCGGUGCGAGGAGGAGCAGCCGGGGUAGAGUGAGUAGUAGAACGAACGCAGCAAGCAGCGAGCAGCAAGCUCAAGCGGGUGGGACAGAGGCGAGAGUUUCCGUGAGACCAGAGUUUCAGCGAAGUACCAAGAACAAAUCCCGCUGCCCAGCAUGGCCAGGGAAAGCUUCCUCUCUUCUCUACUAGUGCGGCUCUGCAGCAUCCUUCCGUGGCUUUUUGUCUUACAGAGUGAAGCUGGGCCACAGCAAGAAGACAGCUUGUACAUGUGGAUUGAUGCUCACCAAGCAAGAGUCCUCAUAGGUUUCGAAGAGGAUAUUCUGAUUGUUUCAGAGGGGAAAAUGGCCCCAUUCACUCAUGAUUUCAGAAAAGCUCAACAGAGAAUGCCAGUUAUUCCUGUUAAUAUUCAUUCCAUGAAUUUUACCUGGCAAGCCACAGGGAAGGCUGAAUAUUUCUAUGAAUUCUUAUCUUUACGGUCUCUGGAUAAAGGCAUCAUGGAUGACCCCACUGUCAACAUCCCGUUGCUUGGGACAGUUCCCCACAAGGCAUCAGUUGUUCGAGUAGGAUUCCCAUGUCUUGGAAAACAAGACGGAGUGGCAGCAUUUGAAGUGAAUGUGAUCCUAAUGAACUCUGAAGGCGAUAUUAUCCUCCAAACUCCCCAGAAUGCCAUCUUCUUUAAAACAUGCCAGCAAGCUGAAUGCCCAGGCGGGUGCAGAAAUGGAGGCAUCUGUAAUGAAAGACGUGUCUGCAAAUGUACCGAUGGAUUCUAUGGGCCUCACUGUGAGAAAGCACUCUGCACACCACGAUGCAUGAAUGGUGGGCUCUGUGUUACUCCUGGCUUGUGCAUCUGCCCACCUGGAUUCUACGGUGUAAACUGUGAAAAAGCCAAUUGUUCAACAACCUGCUUCAAUGGGGGAACUUGCUUUUACUUAGGAAAGUGUAUUUGCCCACCAGGACUGGAGGGAGACCACUGUGAGAUAAGCAAAUGUCAGCAAGCCUGUAGAAAUGGUGGUAAAUGUAUUGGUAAAAAUAAAUGCAAAUGUUCCAAAGGCUACCAAGGAGAUCUCUGUUCCAAGCCUGUCUGUGAGCCUGGUUGUGGAGCCCACGGGACCUGCCAGGAGCCCAAUAAAUGCCAGUGUAGGGAAGGCUGGCACGGACGACAUUGCAACAAAAGGUAUGGAGCCAGCCUCAUGCAUGCCCUAAAGCCACCAGUUACCAAGCACAGACAGCACACGCCUUUACUUAAAAAGGCAGAAGAGAGGCAUGUUCCACCUGAAUCCAAUUACAUCUGGUGAACCCCUAGCAUCUGAAACGUUUUAAGUUACACCACGUUCAUAGCCUUUGUUAACCUUUCAUGUGUUGAAUGUUAGAAUGUUGUUCAUUACAGGGAAGAAUACUGGCCUGAAUUUUAUUAGCUUCAUUAUAAAUCACCGAGCUGAUUUUCCUUUUAAGUCUUCUACGAGCUUCUUUAGCAUGGUGGCAUAGGUCUUUUUAAUGACAUUUCUGUUAGAAAGUCCAUUGAUCAAGUUAAGCUUAGCUGCAGAUGAUUUUCCAAAACUGAAAAUGCAAUGAUAAGGUAGGUGAUUGUAGCACAUUAUAGAGGGGGUACCCUUGAUUAAAAAAAAAAGAAAGAAAAAACACAAAUCACAGAGAAGGGAUUGGGUAAGGCAAUGAUUGCUAUGACUGGCUACUGUGUUUUGCCCUUAAAAAAAUCUCUUUAUUAUUUAGAUCUACAUCUAAAUAUCAGUUACUUAGAUCUAAAUAUUGGAUAUUUAGAUCUAAACAUUAGACAUUUAAAGCUGUGUUGCUUUUUAGAGAAAAAUGAAUGCAUCCUAAUUUUUUUUUAAUCUCAGCACAAUGUUUUGAUUUUCCUGUUUUUCCUGAAUUCUCAGUAUUAAAAAAAAAGACACUCUUUUCAGUGGCAUUUAUACAAUAUAAUAUAUUGUAUACAGUAAAGUAGAAAUAUAAUGUAUGAACUUUUUUUGCAUCGGCUUGAAGCAAUAUAAUAUAUUGUAAACAAAGCACAAUUCUUGUGUAAUAAACUGUAUACCGACUGAUGUGUAUAAAAUAAAGGUGAGGCUUUAAUUUUCUCAAA